GCAGUUGCUCAGUUGUUCAACGUAGCUUUCAAGUGAAACAAUUAUCCGGAAACUUCUCGGUGACGAACUACUACCACCCAAUCGCAAUAAUGUUGGCAAAAUUUGUGAUUGUUUUUAUUUUGUUAUCAGUUUUGAGUUUUACGUGUCUGGCUCAACCGCUGGAGAAUCGUUCCGGGUGUCCUCAGAUAUGCCCCGAUAAUUAUGAUCCGAUUUGUGCCACCGAUGGAAAUAGCUUUUUAGAAUUUCCAAAUUCUUGCGAAAUGGAUGCCCAUAAUUGUCAGCUAUUGAGUGAUUCGAAACAAGCCUUUGAAACAACUCUGGAUUUGGAUAUGUGUCGCUGAAGACUAUACUGAAAAAAAUCUAUUUUUUUAGGAAAUAAAAUCGGAAAUUAAAAACCCAAG